UGUGCCCACUUCGAGAGACACGAUGUCGCGAGGGGGAAUCGACUUCUCCGUGGACAGCAUCCCAAGCAACUCGUACGCGUACACGAACUGCGUGUACACGACGAGUGAAGACUUUGUGGCGCUCGUGAACCUGUGUCCGCGCGGCGUAACGACGAAAGAACAGAUCCAAGAGUUUGGGCUGAAUGUGUGGGUGAACCAAAAGUUUGUAUUUGCUGCCAAACCGCUGCGGGAGAUGGGGCCAAAGAACAUUGGGAUGGGAGGCAUGCAGCGCAUGUGUUUGAACCUUGCGAAGGGUCAGAUGUGCUCUGUCACCCCAUGGGUACCUGAUGUAGCGCGUGGAUUUGCAAUCGCGACCGUCCACUUGGAAGUCCAACAAGUCAUGCGGUCGGGGUCGGCCCAACUCAACUUCGACUGUGAAAGCAUCAAGGGAAACUUUGAAAAGUUAUACGUGAAUCAGGUGUUUGCCGCGGGCCAGCUUCUCGUCGUUGACGUGGACGGCGCUCCAGUCAAGUUGGCCGUGACAAAGGUCGAGUUGUUGGCGCCACCAGAGGGUGUUGUUCCUCCGUCGAAUCCGAACCCCCUGGUGCCCACAGUGGGUCUGUUCGUCAAAGGCAGUUCGCUCGUGUUCACCAAGUCCAAGGACGCUCCCGUGAAGCUCGUGAAUCAGGGCGCGACGGCGGGCGGCGGCAAUCGCAUCUUCAAACCUGACUUUGACUUCUCCAAACUCGGCAUUGGUGGGCUCGACAAAGAAUUCAACGACAUUUUUCGCCGAGCGUUUGCGUCGCGCGUGUUUCCGCCCGCUAUCAUUGAACGAAUGGGCAUCAAGCACGUUCGAGGUAUGCUCUUGUUUGGGCCUCCAGGGUGUGGGAAGACUUUGAUUGCGCGACAGAUCGGCAAGGUGCUGAAUGCAAAAGAGCCCAAGGUCGUGAACGGCCCGGAAAUUCUAGACAAGUUUGUCGGCGAGUCGGAGCGCAAGAUUCGCGAGUUGUUUGACGACGCGCGCCGGGAACAAAACGAACUCGGCGAGUCGUCCGAGCUCCACAUCAUUAUUUUCGACGAAAUCGACGCCAUCUGCAAAGCCCGCGGCAGCUCGCGCGACGGCACCGGCGUGGGCGAUUCGGUCGUGAACCAGCUCCUUACGCAAAUUGAUGGAGUCGACGGCCUGAACAACGUGCUCGUGAUUGGGAUGACGAACCGAAAGGACAUGCUCGACGAAGCGUUGAUGCGCCCCGGUCGUUUGGAAGUGCAAAUGGAAAUCAACUUGCCCGAUGAACACGGCCGCGCCCAGAUUCUCAAGAUCCACACCCAGCGAGCCAAAGACAAUGGGUUCUUGGACGAGUCGGUCAUCACGGACCUCAACCACUGCCUCGCCCCUGUCACGAAGGAAUAUGUCAACUUAGCCCAACGAACCAAGAACUUUAGUGGGGCCGAAAUCGAAGGGCUUGUGCGAGCGGCCACAGCGCAUGCCUUGUCUAGAGGAACGGAUGGCAAGACGUUCCAUGCCGCAGCCAACUACAUUCCAAAGUUGACGAUGGCGGACUUUGACAUGGCGUUGACGGAGAUCAAGCCAAAGUUUGGAGCGCCUCAAGACACGCUCUCGUUGUACUACCGCGCCGGAUUGCAUUCGUUCGGUUCCGAGUUUGACACAGUCCAGUCGACGCUGAACGCUGUGAUCCAACAAGUCAAGUCGAACGAGAACACGCCCCUCAUGAGUGUUUUGCUCCAUGGCGAGCCCGGAAGCGGCAAAACGGCGCUGGCGGCCGCGUGCGCCGUCGCGUCCGAGUAUCCGUUGGUGCGCAUGAUCAAGGCCGCCGACUUGAUCGGACGGCAAGAAGGCGCCAAGUGCAGUCACAUUUAUACCGUCUUUGAAGAAGCCUACCGGUCUCCACUCAGCAUGAUCAUCUUGGACGACAUCGAGCGCCUCCUCGAAUACGUUGGCCUGGGGCCUCGUUUCUCCAACUCGGUGCUACAGGCGCUGCUCGUGUUGAUCAAGAAUCCUGUGCCAGUCUUGGGCCGCAAACUUCUUGUGGUUGGGAUCACAUCGUCGUUCGACGAGAUGAAGAUGCUCGAGCUUCCGUCUGUGUUUGACGUGACGUUGCAAGUGCCCCUCCUGCGUCAACCGUCCGACUUUGAUGCGGUGCUCCUGGGCGCUGCGGUGAACAUCGACCCGUCCGACCGCCAUCGCGUCGUCGAGUUGCUCGGGCAAAAACCCAUGGGCGUCAAGAAGUUGCUCCUGAUUUCGGAAAUGGCGCGUCAACACACGUCCAACGAAGACAACGAGGGGCAGCCGUCGACGGCUAUCACGUACAAGCGGUUUGUCGACUGCCUCUACAAGUUUGGGUUUUAGCAUGGCCGCACACGGAAGCGCAGCGUUUCCGAACGCGUCGCCAUGGCAUUGCAUCGUUAAUGAAGGUUUUGCAUCGACGAAGUGGUCUCUCGACGUUUUUUACGAUGAAACACGUCCCUGGCAGUGUAACUUUUCAACUGCAUGCGAUCCGUGGUCGCCUUCGAUCCGAACGUUGUCCGCUCUGUUCCUCUCGGCCGCGCCAUCUCCUGUGCGCAAACUCGUGACGCGAUCCAUCAUGGUCUGCGGCGCAACGUUUGCCCGUGGCCGAGACAUGUAACGCCCAUGAAACUGUCAUCCGGUGGCCGCGCCAGC